AAAGAGUAAAAAACAACUGCACAUGAUUUCUCGGCCGUCCGAUCUUCUGACAUCAAAAUCUCGAUAAUUUGUUCUAUUAUUUCCCCCUCUUAAAAUCCCCUGCUUUUUUUUCCCUUACACUCAAAUCUCCAUUUAUUAUUGUCUCUCUCUUCCUCUCUAAUUUUCUUUCUUAGCUUGAAGAACCAAACAUGGCUGCUGAGCCUACUGUUAUUCUACUUCUUUUGUUAGCUCUUUCGAUUGUUAGUGCUGAAGAUGCUUUCCUUGGAGUGAAUAUAGGAACAGACCUCUCAGACAUGCCUCAUCCCACUCAAGUGGUCGCGCUUCUGAAAUCCCAGCAUAUUAGGCACGUUCGGCUAUAUGAUGCUGACAAGGGAAUGCUCGUAGCCCUUGCAAAUACAGGAAUACAAGUUGCAAUCACGGUUCCCAAUGAGCAACUCCUUGGUAUCGGGCAAUCAAACUCUACUGCAGCUAAGUGGGUUUCACAAUAUGUGGUUGCCCAUUAUCCGGCAACUAACAUUACUACAAUUUGUGUUGGUUCUGAGGUUUUAAGUACCAUCCCAAAUGCUGCUCCUAUUCUUGUGAAUGCCCUGAGAUUUAUCCAGUCUGCACUUGUAGCGUCGAAUCUUGAAAGGCAGAUCAAAGUUUCAACACCUCUAUCUACUUCAGUUAUCCUUGAUUCUUUCCCUCCUUCCCAGGCCUUUUUUAACCAUUCCUUACUCCCAGUCCUGGUCCCAAUGUUUAAAUUCUUGCAAUCAACUAACUCAUAUCUCAUGCUCAACAUAUAUCCUUACUAUGACUACAUGAAUUCUAAUGGUGUAAUUCCCUUAGACUAUGCUCUAUUUCAACCUCUUUCUGCUAAUAAAGAGGCAGUCGAUGCCAAUACACUCCUGCACUACACUAACGUCUUUGACGCAAUGGUGGAUGCCGCCUACUUUGCCAUGGCCGAUCUCAAUUUCACCAACAUCCCCAUUGUGGUGACUGAGUCAGGCUGGCCAUCCAAGGGAGAUGCUAAGGAGCCUGAUGCCAAUCUUGAGAAUGCCAAUACAUAUAACAGCAAUCUGAUAAAGCAUGUUCUCAACAAUACAGGAACACCGAAACACCCAGGAAUCCCUGUUAGUACUUACAUUUAUGAGCUAUACAACGAGGAUAUAAAGUCAGGGUCCACCUCAGAAAAGAACUGGGGAUUGUUUGAUUCAAAUGGGAAGCCAAUCUAUAUCUUGCAUCUAACUGAGGCAGGGUCUGUUUUGGCUAAUGAUACAACAAACCAAACUUAUUGUACUGCAAGAGAUGGGGCUGACAAGAGGAUGUUGCAGGCUGCCUUGGACUGGGCCUGUGGGCCUGGGAAGGUGGAUUGUUCGGCUUUGUUGCAGGGUGAGCCUUGCUAUGAGCCUGAUAAUGUGUUUGCUCAUGCUACUUAUGCUUUCAACACAUAUUAUCAGCAGACUGCGAGAACUCCAGGAUCUUGUGACUUCAAUGGUGUCGCUGAAAUCACCACCACCGAUCCAAGUCAUGGUAAUUGCACAUAUGAAUCUAUUGGUGGUCUUAAUGGUACCUUUGCCAAUGCGAGUGCACCAUCUAUGAAUGCAAUGAGUUCAAGUUCUCCUUGCAGCAUAUAUUUUCAAAGCUCUUCAAUAUUAUUAAUGGUUAGAAUUCUAGCUUGGAGCACAAUUUUCUUACAAGCUGCAAGAUUUGUGUAAGAUCAUCAUUGCUUUGAAUGCAAAGAUAUGUGAAGAGUUGAAGGGACCUCCUCGUUUCCCUGAUGAGUUCUCGCACUACAGUAAUGCCACUGGGAACUGUGAAAAGCAUGAAUAGAGUUGUAGGUAUCAAUUGAUGUUUUAGUGCUUGCAUUCUUUUGUUCUUCCGCAAAAUUGUUUGGUAGAUGUUUGUUGUUGGGUCAUAUUUUGUUUCCCCCUCAGGUCUUAAACCUUGUGCAGGUUGGCCCAACAAUAUCCUUGUUUUUAAUCCGAGGACAUUGUUAGUUUAGGUUGUAUUUUGACGGUAUUAUAAAACAAGAAGCAUUCAUAAAAAAAUAUGAAGGUUGUAACUAUUGCUGUAAUGCAUGGUGAUUGGUGCAUAGUAGCCAACUUGACUCGAA